CAGAGGUGUUAGGAUGACACGUUAAAAUGUACUGAUUGAAGAUACAUUAUUGUAGAAAGCACUGGCAUAAUGGGCUUGCCUGAGCACAAAGGUGCAGUGAUUUAAUUAAAGCUGCAGAUUGAAAUAUCAUGGACAGAAAAUAGUUUGGAUGAUGUGUUUUGCCAGCAUAUCUCUGCCAUUCGAGUUUUAACAAUGGAUAAGUGUAAGCACAUAGGACGCCUGCGACUGGCCCAAGAUCACUCCAUUUUGAAUCCUCAGAAAUGGCAUUGCAUGGACUGCAAUACUACCGAAUCUGUGUGGGCGUGCCUCAGCUGCUCACAUGUGGCGUGUGGAAGAUACAUUGAAGAACAUGCACUAAAGCACUUUCAGGACAGCAGUCACCCAGUGGCAUUGGAAGUAAAUGAGCUGUAUGUUUUCUGUUAUCUCUGUGAUGAUUAUGUUCUUAAUGAUAACGCAACUGGUGAUUUAAAACUGUUGCGAAGUACAUUAAGUGCAAUCAAGAAUCAAAACUAUGAGUGCACUACUCGAAGUGGGAGGACUUUGCGUUCUAUGGGUACAAGUGAUGAUUCUUACCUUUCACAUGGUGGUGCCCAAGCCUUGCUUCGGAAUGAAGAUCGCAUGUUCACAGCUCUCUGGCACCGACGGCGUGCGUUCCUGGGCAAAAUAUUCAGAUCAUGGCUUGAGUUGACACCUACUGGAAAAAAAAUUUUGGAAGAAGAAAGGCGUCGGGAAGAAGCAGAGGAAAGAAGGGACAAAGCUAGGAAGAGAAGACAAGAACGAAAGCGUGAGUUGAAAGCAGAGAUGGAAAAGAUGCCUCCGAGAAAGAGCAGUCGUUUACAAAAUCAGAUUAGAAUGUCCUCAGAAACAGCACCCUGCCUGCAAAAAACAUCACAGAACAUGGAAUCUGUGGCAGAGUUGAAAACAACAUAUACCUCAGAUGAAGUAAGAUUGAAAAAAAUAAGUGACUCUCCAAUUAAACGAAGGCCCACAGUGACUCCUGGGGUAACAGGACUGAGAAACCUGGGAAAUACAUGUUAUAUGAAUUCUAUCCUUCAGUUAUGUGGUCUGGCAAAUGGGCGCUGGUGUCUCCUUUUGCCAUGCUUCAUUCUGUGUGGAGACUAAUUCCAGCCUUCAGAGGAUAUGCCCAACAAGAUGCUCAGGAAUUUCUCUGUGAACUUUUGGAUAAAGUGCAGCAGGAACUGGAGACUACAGGGACCAGAUACCCAGCUCUCAUCCCUGCUUCUCAAAGAAAACUUAUAAAACAGGUUUUGAAUGUGGUUAACAACAUUUUUCAUGGACAGCUAUUAAGUCAG